UUCAAGGAGGAACUGCUGUGCCCCAUCUGCUAUGAGCCUUUCCGGGAAGCCGUGACACUUUGCUGCGGCCACAACUUCUGCAAGGGCUGCGUGAGCCGUUCCUGGGAGCACCAGCGCCACGUCUGCCCCGUCUGCAAGGAGCCCUCCUCCUUCGACGACCUGCGCGUCAACCACACACUCAACAACCUGGUGGAGAUGAUCCUCAAGGAUGAAGGGCAGCGGCAGGGCCGGGCGGCCGCCCUCUGUCCCGUGCAUCAUGAAGAAGCCAAACUCUUCUGCCUGGAGGAUAAGGAGCUGGCAUGCUUCGUCUGCCAGAGUUCCAAGCAGCACGAAGGGCACAAGAUGCGGCCGGUGCAGGAGGUGGCAGAGGAUUUCAGGGCCAAGCUGAAGAACAUGGAGACUUCCCUGCGGGAUAAGGCAAAGGAUUUCGGGGCUGUGCAUCGCUCCUAUGAGUCCAUCUCAAAGCACAACCAGUUGGAAGCGGUGCGGCUGGAGGAGCAGAUCAGGAAGGAGUUUGAGAAGCUGCACGAGUUCCUGCGGGAGGAGGAGAAGGCGCUGCUGGCCCAGCUGCAGGAGGAGGCAAGGCACAAGCGCAGCACCCUUGAGGGCAAGAUGAAACAGCUGGCAGACGAGAGCCGGGCCCUGGUCAACGAAGCCCGCCAGCUCCAGGUGGACCUCAAGGAGGAUGACUACACCUUCCUCAUGACCCACAAGAACCGCAAGCGCAGGAUUGCCUGCACAGCUGAAGAGCCGGAGCCUGUGCAGUCAGGGAUGCUUCUUGAUGUUGCCAAGUACCUGGGCUCACUGCAGUACAAUGUGUGGAAGAAGAUGCUGGACAUCAUCACCGUAGUCCCCUUUAGCUUCAACCCCAACUCGGCAGCGGGCUGGCUCUCAGUGUCCGAGGACCUCACCAGCGUCACCAACGGGGGCUACAAGCUACUGGUGGAGAACCCCGAGCGCUUCACCUCAGCCCCCUGCAUCCUGGGCUCCUGUGGUUUCUCCACCGGCUUCCACACAUGGGAGGUGGACCUGGGCGCCAUCAAGAACUGGCGGGUGGGGGUGGCCCGGCUGCGCAGUGGCAACCACUGGACCUUCCAUCACGAUGCUCGCUCCGGCUUCUGGUACAUCUACUGCCUGUCCGGGAAGGACAGCGAGCUGUGCCGAGCCUCCAACAUGGCGCGGUCAGAGACAGCGCUGGGCAACGUGAGACGGAUCCGCGUGGAGCUGGACUGUGACGAGGGGGAGCUCUCCUUCUAUGAUGCUGACCACAAGACCCACAUCUACACCUUCCAUGAGAAGUUCGGUGGCACCGUCUUCCCCUACUUCUACAUUGGGGGUAGACCGGUGGGCACAAUGCCCAAUGCGCUCCGCAUCUGCCCCCUCCGGGUCCGUGUCCAUGAGGAUGUGCCCGUCUAG